UCAAAUUUAAUGGUGAAACAGGGUACGAGAUCCAGGAUGGGCCAUAUAAACAUGUUGUUGACUUUAGGAGGUGUUCAUGUACUUGUAGAUCAUGGCAACUUAAAGGAAUUCCAUGUGCACAUGCAAUUACAUCAAUGCAUUAUAAGAACUAUGAGGUUGAGCCAUAUGUUGACCAUUGGUAUAGAAAGGACACCUACCUUAAGGCAUAUAGCAGAUUCAUUCAACCUUUAACUAGUAUGAAUUUGUGGCCCAAAAAGCACACUGCCAGCUAUUGAGCCACCUGUUAUUACUGCAAUGCCAGGAAGGCCAAAGAAAAAAAGGAGAAAAGCUGCUGAUGAACCAAAGAAGAAGUUUGGGAAGGGUACAAGGAUAGGGAGACAAAUGAGAUGUUCUUUGUGCAAGACUCUUGGACAUAACAAGAAAGGAUGUCCAUCAGCAAGAAACCAAGGGGUAAGGCUGGAACUAGUUCAGUUGGAGGUGAAACUGUGGAAAAUGCUUCAUCAACAGCAGCAGGUGGAAGUGCAUCAGCAGCAGCAGCUGGAAGUGCAUCAGAAGCAGCAGCUGGAUCAGCAGCAACAGCUGGAUCAGCAACAGCACCUUUAACUAUGGAAAGUGGCACCUUCACUCAACCAAUCACUGAUCCAAGCACACAACAAUCAACUAAUGUUGCAAGAGGUCCAAAAAGGAAGACCAAUGAGCCUAGAAAAGGUGGUGCAAAUGCAGGGUCUAAGAGACCAAAGGUAGCAGAAUAUGGUGUGCUAUUUGAUUCAAGUGGCAUUGUGAUACAGAGGUUUGGAACUACUAUCAGAGUGGCACACAAUCCUUCUACACUCAUAAGUUCUGCCCCUACCAACAUUGAACUUAGGUUCAAACCACCUGGACUAAAGUGGAAGGGUCGAUCUGCAGUUACACAAAGGCAGCUGCAAGAACAGAGUUACAGAAGGGCAAACUCUGCUACAACUACUCAAGCCACACCAGUUACACAAUCCACACCAAGCAACCAGACACAACAGACAUUAUUUGAAGUGCUCAGCUGA